GUCUGGCAGCAGCUGCGGAACUCUCACUCAAGUCCAAAGAAAUAUUAGGUUCCACGACAAUAUUCCGUCAUUUAAUCCGAAACCUUCUGUGCGGUAGGGAAUGGCUUAGCCAAAUGGCGAGAAGCCGCAGGUACCGUAUAACGUGUAGUCCCGCCCCAGAGCUAAGCAGGAAGUACAAGGCCAGUCAGUGCAACCCACACAGCCCACCGGGCAGGUAGAACUUGUUGCGCCAAUAGGAGGGGCGGCGAGAGCCUGGGGCUCACUGACAUUUCCCGGUGAAAGGGCACUAAGCCAGGGCCGCAACUGACAGCGAGUUCUGCCGUUACUUAAAAACAACAACGGCCCAGUUUCCCGCGCAUAAAUACCGCUGCAACGAGAGGAAGCGACUGAGCCAACGGCUCCUCCAGCUCUGACUUCUAUUCAUUGUCCGCUGUUUCCCUGGAGCCGCUGGAGCGGUUACAGAGCCUAUAGAUCAUCCCGCCGCCAGGGGUCGCUGUUCUCUGGCAAAGGCUUGGCAGUAGCAGCGGCCGUGCGUCUGUUCAGCUGGGAAUUUGCACUCGCUUCCUGGCUAAGCAUGGCGAACCCGCUGUGCUGCUUCAGGUGCUGUAUGGAUGAUGGCACUGGGCACAUCCCGCUCAAGGAGAUGCCGGCUGUACAGCUGGACACUCAGCACAUGGGAACAGAUGUUGUAAUCGUCAAAAAUGGGAGGCGAAUCUGUGGUACGGGUGCCUGUCUUGCCAAUGCACCUCUUCAUCAGAACAAAAGCUAUUUUGAGUUUAAAGUACAGUCUACAGGUAUAUGGGGCAUUGGAGUUGCAACACAAAAAGCAAAUUUGAACCAAAUCCCUCUAGGACGCGAUGUCCACAGCCUAGUCAUGAGAAAUGAUGGGGCCAUUUACUAUAACAAUGAGGAAAAGAACAGACUGCCAGCAAACAGCUUACCCCAAGAGGGUGAUGUUGUGGGCAUUACAUACGAUCAUGUAGAAUUAAACAUAUAUUUAAAUGGAAAAAAUAUGCAUUGUCCAGCAUCUGGGAUCAGAGGGACUGUCUAUCCUGUUGUUUAUGUUGACGACAGCGCAAUUUUGGACUGCCAGUUCAGUGAGUUCUAUCACACGCCUCCAGCAGGGUUUGAGAAGAUUCUCUUUGAGCAGCAGAUUUUCUAAAGACUGGACACACCUACUGCAGUCCCAAAGCUUUGUCCUCACUACCUAAAACUGCAAGACGCAUACUGAAAUGUAUUUUUUGUUUGCCCUAUGGCUCACGCCUUUCAGAUCUUAUUUGUGUGAGUAUUUAAGGUGUCACCGUCCUUUUGAUGGCCCUUCUCUAAACGCCGCUCAUACUCUUACCUUCUAUUGUCCCUGCUACUUAACGGUUUCUGGGCAGGUGUUGUAUAUCAAUGUAAAUAUAAAGUACUAAGUGCAUUUUCUUUCCAUGUGCAGUAUUAAUUGUUAUUUUAUUUAUUUUACAAUAUUCUCUUUAUUUUUUUUUGCCAAGCUCAGGGCCCUCAUCGUGAAAUGAAUGAGUGAUUAUAAUGCUUAGCUUUCUACAGAAUUGCUGUACAGGAACUCUGUGCACUGACACUACUACUACUGUUUAAACCUUUUAGUGCCAAGAGGGUGUGCAAUGAAUUAUAUACCUAAAUACUCUCCCCUGUAUUUUUUUUUUCUUGAAGCUGUGCAUCAUUUGUCUGUGAUACUUAAUUCCCAGAGUGCCUUAUGGUACAUUCACUGUUUAGAAAACUGCAUGUUCAUUCUGAUACACAUAGAUACUGAUCAGUAGUUUUCUCCAUAUUAAAACUAUGGUGUGCCUGUUUGGAUUCUUAGGAGCUACAUACCGAUAAUGAACCUUUUAUUGCUCUGCUAAAUGAUAUUGUGUACUCUUUAGAUGCAGUGUUGUCGUUGGCAGCAUUUCUCAUGUGUCUUCAUCCCACUGGUAGAGUACAGCUUUGUAUUUCAGUAAAGCCCGUUUAUGAUAAACCCUUCCCACCUGAACUCUCUGAAUCUUGGACACCAAGAAAAGCUAAUUGGCACAGUAAAUGUUAAUUUUUUUCACAUUAUUUAAUAGAACAUUUUUAUUCGUUAAAACUAAACUGAUAUUAUUACCAAUAUGUAAGCUUCCUCCAUAUGAAAGUAUUUUGUAUCAUGCACAAAGUUGUAUCUUGAUUUUCAGAAAUAAACACAACCUAAAAGGAU